CCGCGCGGCGCUCAGUGCUCGGUGGGCCGGCGGACUCGCGCCACGCCGUAUACGACGCAGUAGUCACCCUCUCCCCCCGUCCUCCCGCCGCGGUCCGCGGACAGGCGACAGCGUGCGCGCGAGACGCGACGACGCGGCGUCGGUGCCUGCAAUAGUUUUUUCCCCGUCGGUGUUUGCCUCCAGGCCAAGUGCUGUUUCGAGAGUGACGGACGUCGAGUGCCGUGUGCUGUGCCGCGAGCCCGCGCAGAGUGUCCUGCAGCGAAACGGAUAAUCAAAAGCGGGGCCGAGCUCCCGCAGUGAGCCGAGGUCGAAGAGAAAUCGGCCGCCGAGAGAGCAGCAGCAGCAGCAGGAGGAGGAGGAGGAGGAGGAGGAGAGCGAGCUCGAGUCCGUUCGGCUAAUGGCGAGCGAUUCAUCCUGCGAAUCCCCGGACGAUCGAGAGAUAAAAGGCGCGGGUGGUCGAGGGGCCGCCGGCAGCGCCGCGUGAUAAUUGUGAGCGAUGAGGAGUCGGCCCGGCCUAUAGCUUUCCGCGUAGCGCACCUGUAGCCUCGUGUUCGAAGAGUGCAAAAGUGCGGAUCCCGCAGCGUUGUGACGGCUGUGCGAGCACUACUGGGAUGAGGAGCGAGCCCGCCGCCGGGUAGAGCGGCACGCGAGGACGACAUGGCGCCGAUACGCGGCCUGGCGCUUCUCUUCCUCGGGCUGGCCUACCUGUUACGCGCCGAGUCCUCGGUCAGGAGCGCCGCCGACGACGCCGCCACGGCCGCCGAGCGCCUGCAGCAGCCCCAGCACGCAGGAGGCGGUCUCCGGCUGAUCGAUGAGGUCGCCGGCGAGAAGCGGGAGGACAGCGGCGGCAGCGGCGGCAGCGGCGGCAGCGGCGGCAGCAGUGGCAGCUCGGCCAAGCACAUACAGCAGCAGCGGACGAGCUCGACGGCGGCGACGACGGCGGCGGCGGCGGCCACUAUCGGCAAGACUCAUUUCGCCGACGACGGCGCCGAGAACGUGACCGCGCUCGUCGGACAAGCGGCCGUGCUGCUCUGCAGGGUUAAGAAUCUUGGAAACAGGACGGUGUCCUGGAUAAGAAAGAGGGAUUUGCAUAUCUUGACGUCUAUGGAUAUCACGUACACGAGCGACGGGAGGUUCACCGUUAUCGGUAAUACGGCCACCUCGGACGAUUGGAAUCUGCGAAUAGAUUACGUGCAGCCGAGGGACGAGGGCAUAUACGAGUGCCAAGUCAACACCGAGCCGAAAAUACACAGGGCGGUCUAUCUCCGAGUCCUAGACGUCCAGGCGGAAAUUUUGGGCACGGAGGAGGUGUACGUGAGGAAGGGCAGCACGAUCAGCCUGACCUGCAUGGUGAACUCGCAGGGCGUGCCGCCGAGCAACGUGACUUGGUACCACGCCGGCACCGUCAUCGAUUUCGACGGACCGAGGGGCGGCGUCUCGCUCGAGACGGAGAAGUCGAAGAUCGGCACGACGAGCAAGCUCCUGAUAACGCGGGCCUCCCUCGGCGACAGCGGCAAUUACAGCUGCGUAUCCAGCAAGGCCGCCCGCGCCACCGUCGUCGUCCACGUGCUGAACGGGAAAGCUCCUCGGCAAAGCGGACGCUUACUUCAGUUCCUUUCGGCGCUGCAAUUAUCCGCGAAUCCGGGCGCCGCACACCACGCCGGAGAUAGUCUACGAGUGCGCCAGGUACUCGAGCUUCUGGGACAUACCGAGCCCCUGGUGGCAGGCGAGCACCGUGGCCAUCAGCUUCGGCCUGGCCAUCGCCGUGAUCGGGGCGCUGACGCUCCUCGCGGCCGCCUCCUCCUUCCUGCCCCAGGUCCUGAAGAAGCGCAAGCACACGAGGCUCCUCGGCUCGCUGCAGCUCCUCGCCGCGGCGAUGAUCUGCGGCGGCCUGGUGAUGUACCCGUUCGGCUGGGACAACCGCGAGGUGCGGGAGUCCUGCGGCAAGGGGGCCAACGUCUACAAUCUCGGCAAAUGCUCGGUGUCCUGGUCGAGCUACCUGCUGGUGGGCGCCGUGGCGCUGCUCAUGCUCUGCUUCGGCCUGAGCUUCUGCGCGGCGCGACACAAGCCCAGUCCCGGCCACGAGGACCCGCUGCGCAUCUGACAAUCAAGAAAGUCGAUUGACGCCUACUCGAGUCAGCAGCAGCAGCAGCAGCAGCAGCAGCAAGCUGCGCCCAAGGGGACGACCAAGCUGUCCAUCGUCACGGUUUGUUGAUCGCGAGGCGCGCGCGCGACACGCCUAAUCGCGCGGCGCCUCCGCGCGCUCUUGCUCCUUCUGACGAGGCCGCUGCUGCCGCGACGUCGCUCAUCUCGGAGGAGGCGACCGGCCGUCGUUCGGAAGCGGCAGCUGCUGCGACCCCCUUGAGCGCUCGGCUGAGGCUUCGGCCCCCUCCAACUCCCGAAGCCUCGACUCUUUUUUAGCCAGCCUAACUUUAAUGAUCAGCGGAAAGGCGUGCGUGCUCAAAAUUCGAAUUGAAAUUCGCGUUUGAAAAAUCGAACGUGCCGGCCUAAAAGGGCUCUCAUCUGCUGCGUGAAAUUCCACCGCGGUCGAGUCAAACACGGAGGCUUGCUCGAGGAAUCAAACGAAUUUGAAAUCGCCCGGAAAAUCGAAAUUGCCGCGUCGUCGGGGAUCGUGAAUCGGAGCCGACGCUGAUUAUGAAUAGACUGAUGGAAAAAAUGCUGCCCUCCGCGGAAUAUUCGCCGGAGCGUGCGUCGCAGCGAUACGGGAAAAAGCAGCUCUGCCAUGCAAAUUUCGAUGCCUCCCGCAAAAGGGGAAAAAAGCCGCCAGAAUUGGCAAUAAUCAACUCGAUCCCGGAAAAAUCUCGAGCGAUUGGCCAUAGACACGGGAAAGCGAGGCGAAAAAGAAUUCCCUCUGCGGCGCUGCUCCCCCCCCCCCCCCCUCUCUCACUCUCUCUCUCUCCCUGUGCUGCGGUGGAAAAAUCGGGAGCGAGAGAGGUAAAAGGCCCGCGGGAGACGGAGAGCGGUGUGCACAGGCAAAUCGAACGAGAGCGGGCUAGCUCUUCCGCUUUAAUCGAGCCGAGUGAGCCAGACAUUAAUUUUGCCGCUGCCGGCGCGCGCAGGGAGAGCCGAGAACGAGGGACUGCUCUUUUUUCCCUGCGUCGUUUGCACAUCUCGGGAAAAACUCGGUGGCCGAUGCCCAAUGAAUUCUGCGCUCCGGCGUUAUUCCCCCGGACGGCGAAAAGUUAGCCGAGGUGUUUUUUCCGAUCGGCCUCUACUCAUUAUUUCGCCGGCAAUGUAUCGCGGACGAUCGUUAGUGACCGUGAAUAAUACAGUGCGGGCUCUCGAAAGCCGGAUGAGCUCUGAAUCGAUCGAGGAAACAAAAACCAUUCGAUUAUCGCAUUCUUGCCGCACUCGUAACCAGCCGGCGCUUUGUUCGGCGCGAUCCCGACGGAUAUGCACAAUGCGCCGGCAAACCGAUGCACUCGGAGACUGAGGGCGCGAUGCACGCUGCGCUGCGCUUUUCGCUCUAUUUACCAAUCGCGCGCAUUGUGCAUCGGAGCUUGAUUUCUAAAUUUUAAUCAACGAAAAUUCGCGCUUCGGAGCCAAGCGAGUUGGGCAAAAUUAUAUCCGCGCGCAGCAAUUGCGGGAGCGUCGCCGGUCGCAUCAUUCAUGAAGUCGAAUGAUUGAAAUGCGAAAGCCAUUCCUGCGCAAGCGCGCCACUCCGAUAUUGUGUUCAUAAUACCAGUGGCUUGAUGAAUUGAUAAUUAUACCUACGCGCACUGGCUCUCUCUCUCUCUCUCUCUCUCUUUCUCUCUCUCACUUGUUUACCGUAAUCCCUCUUUCGCGUUCCCCGCAGGCGAGCUCUGUUUUCGCGGGUCCGGUCAUCAAAAAUUGAAAUGCCCCGCCCGAAAAAGAACGCGUGCGCCAAAGUAGAAGGCGCUCCGUCGAGUCUUUGGCAGUCGGACCGUCGAAAAUUCAAUCGCAGCUCAGCGGGCGCGGAGCGCAGCGAGCGGGGAAUCAUGUCCUCCGGAGCUCGAAUCGAAAGCUCAACCGUGCGCGCAGCCGACCGCUCCUGAUUCAUGACGCGCGCGCGCGCGCGCGCGAAUAUAUACGGACGCCGAGGGGCAGAAGCGAGGGUUAAUGUGCUGGAAGCUCGUUCGACUAGUCGCGGCUCUGAGUUAACCCCCGCGCCUCGUCGACUUAUGUAUUAUACGUACUUCGCAGGGCUUGCCGCUCGCCCGCAAACUUCUUUAUGCUCGAUCGCGCGCGGCCGACUGGCUGGAGGGCGACGAUUUUUCGCCGAGCUGCCUCGAGUCGCGACUUUCCGCGCGAUUCUCAAAGCUAUCGGGGGUUAACGUGCACCGGUGCGGGGCCAGCUCUCCGCUUCGAACUAUCGCGACUACUGAUGGGAGCUGGGGGCGCGACGCGAAAGAGGUGGUCCGGCUGUUUACUGUGUAGUCCCAGUGUAGGAUUCGCGGGGCAAAACUAAUACAUUCAAUCUGAAUUCAAGUGCCCGCGCCGAAAAAGCGAUCCUUGGCCCACACCAGCAUAUAAUGGACUUUUUCGCAGCGGCCGCGGGCGAAAGCAAACUGUCAGUCCGCAGCGGCGGAAUCGCGCGAUAAUGAAGCCGCUGCCAAUCACAGAGCCCCAAAGCACCGCGCGUUUCUCCUCGGUCGAGGGCCUCGCCGGUAAAGGGCUCUCCUCCGCGUCAGCGGCGAUGAAGGCAGGCUCGCACUGCCGUUGUCGGGCGCACGCGCGCGUUUUGCGGUCAGAUAAACGCAGCGCGCAGGAGAGAUCCGCUGGUUGUCAUCUCACUCGACGAUUGCAACGACGCCGGAGCGGGAGGGGGUGGGGGGGGGGAGCGUGCUGCGUAAUUGCUGACCGCGCGGCGCCGGCGAGUCCAGACAUUGCCGAGUUCGGCCGCCUUUUUAGCAGCCCCCUCGUAAACAUGCGCGGCCUGUUUCCGCAUAAAUAUUCCGGCGGCGGCCUCCGGCUCGAAUAAAAGAGCUCCAUCGAUCAGAGCACAAUCGAGCCCGUCAAGUCGUAGAACGUAGAGCGGACAGGGCAAAAUCAGGCCAAUCGGGAAAGCUUCGAGCGACGUAUCCGCCAAUAAUUCUGUCCGCGCGACCGUCGUCACGGGGACGCGGGCGCUCGUCAAAGUCCUCGUCGGCGCGCAAUUAGAUCUUCGCGACGGCGUCUUGUAACUUCGUCUCGUUACCGAGCUCUGAAUCGUUCUUUGGAAAAGCCUCGAGGUACUUUUAAUUUAUGCGCUUUUGCCGGCAGCUGGAGGGCUCCGAGGUCGGAAUAAGGAAAAUUUUUAAUAAGCAAGAAACGGCGAAAUAAUUUUUACCCGCCUUUUACUUGAUUUUUCAAAUCAAGCAGAGCAUUUCAAAUCGCAAUCUUCUCCGCGACAAUGAGUGUAGCUUCCUUUUAUUGCAUCGAUUCAUUGCUAUACGUUUGAGAAAAAAUGCAAACAUGGCGCGAAUAUCCCGGGAUUCGCAAAACCAAUAAAUAUCCCCCAGCGCGUGCUCGCGGCUUCCAAUGAUCCAACCAAUAGUUAUAAUUAUUCCACGCUCCAGCUCGUACGUUCAAACCGACGCUGCGCAUGAAUCGGGCUUUUUCCUCUCGGCGACGAAAUAUUAAAGAGAGAGAGAGAGAGGGGGGGGGAGGGGCGUCCGAGAGAAAGCAAAACUUACGAGCGAUAUUAGAAGUGCCGCUCUGGCGCAUAAAAACGGAGAGCUGCAGCGGGGAAAGUCGUCGUAAAUCGCUUGACGUUGGCACAAAUACGAAAAUGGCGCUACUGAACUGACAUUUAUGAUUUCGACACAUGUCGCGUGCGCGCGAGCGCGAGCCGCUGCCGCCGUGGUCGCUUUGCCGAUUUUAUCUGACGAGCCAUGACAGCGGGAUUUUCAUAGUUACAGACAGCCCGAGCAGCCGCGCACGCGGCGCGAGGCAGUUUUGCCAAUUUCGCCUCUUUUUUCGUCUCGGAAUCGAGCUCGAGGGCUCGCCCGCGCGCUUGUAGCAGUAGUCGAUGAAGCGGACAUUUUGACUGUCAGCGCUCCAUGAUGAUGCUGCUGCGGCGUCGAUUGCGAAAAAGUCCAUUAACAUUCCCUGAAAUAUCCUCCUCUUUUAGUACCAGCGAAGCCAUCGACUGCGCAUUUUUAAAACUUCUCGAUCUGUAGAGUAAAGCUGCGAGGGCAUUUAAAUAACUUGAUGUGUGUAACAGUACUGGCUACUAGGAGAGGUGCGCGGCGCACCGACGAAAGAUGUCAGAUCCGACUUAUUCCGUUGAUACUCGUAGAUUUUUCAGCCUAUAAAGUUAGCAUAUAUCACGACCGAAGAUACGUAAUAUUGUAAGCUCGCGCCAUUAGAUUACAUUAGAUUAAUUCCGAGUUGGCGAAAGCAAGACGUCGAGCCCUAAUCAAAAGUCGCGUGCUUGGGGAAGAAACGGGCUUGGAUAAGUUGAUGUUCCGAUGAUAAUAAUCCAUAAUAGAGGCUCAAGUUUGUAAAAGCCUCGAUACUCGUGCACGAGUUGGCGGCUUAUAAAUGCGCAGGUGUUAAUGAACGCAUCGAAUGAAUCCGUAAGAAUAAGCGAAACUCUGUAUAUAUAAUAUCUAUGUUCGACAUUAUGUAAAUGUUAUACGUAUUAAUAUAUUUUAUAAUAAAAUUACAUGAAAAUGAAAGUC